GUGCCUGCUUUGCAUGCCACUCACAUGCAUCAGCCCGCUUAACGUAGUCGUCCAACCUUCCAAAAAGAGGCUCAUAUUGGACCUCCGCCACGUGAAUUCAUUUCUUUCCGUCCCCCGUUUUCGCUACGAGGGCUUGAAUCGGGUGCCCGACUUGGUGCAGCAAGACGAUUGGCUAUUCACCAUCGAUCUAAAAUCCGGCUACCACCAUGCGGAUAUCCAUCCCUUGUAUUGGCGCUUCCUUGGUUUUACACUCCAAGGGCAACGCUACCAGUUUCUAUCAUUGCCUUUUGGUCUAGCUACUGCGCCGUUCGUUUUUACUCAGCUGAUCAAGCCGUUCGCAAAACGUUCGCGCGGACGCGGCAUCCGACUUAUCCCAUACGUCGAUGACAUUUUGUUCAUCAGCGCUACCCGAGCCGAGGCCCUUUGCCACCGUGCCGUCAUUUUAGCGGAUCUUCAGUCAGCUGGCUUCGCUGUCAACUUCAAGAAGUCGUAGCUCGAACCAAUCCAGUGCCUACAGUU